CAUUAAUAAGAAUCAAAUAAAUGAAAGAAUAUGGGUCCUCUUAACUUCUCAAAAAUCUUAUGCAAUAAGAAAAUAUAGCAAAUAUAGAUCCUCCAAAAAAAUUUGAAGUAAAUGUAAGUUAUAAACAAACAUCACCUAAACCUCUUAAUAAAUCAAUAUAAAUUUCAAUACCAGAUCCAAUACCAGAUCCAAUACCAUAUCAAAUAUCAAAUCAAAUAUCAAAUCAAAUACCAGAUCCAAUAUCACUUUCAUCCGCAUCUUCUUUUGAUCUACCAAGUAUUCCUCCUCCAAUUGAUCCUGAAGAAUAACAUAUGAGGCCUGUUAUUCUUGGAGAGAUGUAAGAAGAAGAUCAAAAAGAAGAAAAGACUUUUUUAUAAGCAUUACGUUAAGGCAAUUGUAUCCUUUAAUUACCUAAUAAACUACCUUUUCAUGAAAUGGGAAAAGUUUAAAAAUAAGUGGAAGAAGUAUUAGGAGAUUAAGUAUAAAAAUAAUUAAAGGAUUAUUAUGAUGAAUGCUAUGACAGUAGCGGAAUACUAUUAUAAAAAUAAUAUACAAAUUUAAGUAAUAAAGAGAAUGUUGGUAUUCAUCUAGGAAAAAUUAUAAUUGCUUCAGAUGGAAAAGCACUUUGGAAAGCUGGUAGGGAAGAGUUUGAGAUAGUUUAAGGAGUUAUUUAAAAUAUAGAUUAAAAAUGCUUGGUCAUUAAUAAAGAAGAUGCCAAUUGUGACUUUAUCAAUGUAGGUGACAAAUUCGUCAUAUCACAUAAUUAUUGA